AUGCUGGAAGUUCACAUCCCGUCGGUGGGACCCGAGGCCCAAGGGCCCAGGCAGAACCCAGAGAAAGGCCAUAUGGUGUUCCGAGUGGAGGUGCUGUGCAGCGGGCGCAGACACGCCGUGCUGAGGCGCUACAGCGAGUUCCACGCGCUGCACAAGCGGCUCAAGAAACUGUACAAAGUGCCCGACUUCCCCUCGAAGCGCCUGCCCAACUGGAGGACCAGAGGAUUGGAGCAGCGCCGGCAGGGCUUGGAGGCCUAUAUCCAGGGCGUUCUAUACUUGAACCAGGAUGUACCCAAGGAGUUGCUGGAAUUCUUGAGACUUCGGCACUUCCCUACAGACCCUAAGGCUGACAGUUGGGGCACCCUGGGGGAGUUCCUGCCUGGCGACAGCAGCUCACAGCUGCACCACCGGCCUGUCCUGAGCUUCUGCAUGGACCCCUACAUUUGCACCCCCUCCCCAGAACUUCUGCCCAAUGUGGUGGUAAAUGGUGUGCUCCAGGGCCUCUACAGCUUCACUGUCAGCCCAGCUGAAGACCAGCCAAAUGCUGCCAGUCACCCUGCUCCUCUGCCACCAAUGCCCUGA